AUGGACGCCAAACUCCAACGGUUCCUACAAUGGUUCACCAGCAACGGCGGAUACCUUAACCCACACGUCCAGGUGCAAACCAGUGAAGAGCAAGGCAUCCACGUAAUAGCAAAAGACACCGUCUCCGCCCUCCACGACUCAUCCGAACCUUUCCCCAUCGUCACCUGUCCACUAUCCCUCACCCUCUCCUACCUCAACGCCGCCUCCCACCCCGACGUCCACCAAACCCCCAGCCCUGCCGCCUCCCAGCUCCUCUCCACCAGCGACCGUACCACCGUCGGUGCGUUCCUGCUGAUGGAGCAGAAGCUCGCGGGGGAGGGGUCGUUCUGGGCGGCGUAUAUCGACUGCCUGCCCCCGGUGGAGCGGCUGACGUCGCCGAUGUUGGAUGGGGAGAGGGAGGGGAUGUGGUUACGGGGGACGAAUCUCGAUCUGUUCGUGGAGUCGUCGGCGGUGGGGGUGAGACGGCGGUUGUGGAGGGAGGAUUGGGAGGGGGCGGUGAGAGUAUUGGGGGAGAAAGGCGUGGAUACGGCGCCAUUUACCUGGGACCUCUACAACUGGGCCAUGUCCAUAUUCUCCUCCCGCUCCAUCACCUCCCGCGGUGUCAUCCGCAACGAACCCGACCCUCUCCCCCUCCUCUUCCCUAUGGUCGACCUCCUCAACCACCACCCCACUGCUCGCGUAGACUGGCACUUCGACGCCACGGGUGCGAUGACCAUCGCGGCGGAAUCGCCACCGAAGCCCGGGGACCAGGUGUAUAACCACUUCGGUCCGUUUCCGAACGAGAAAUUACUCCUCGGCUAUGGCUUCGCCCUAGAAGACAACCCCUACGACGAAGUCACCGUCCAACUCGGCGGCAUCCGCCCCGGCGUGCACGAGCUCCUCCGCGCCUCUCUCCCUGAGCGAUUCCCCGGUCCAACCCUCACCCCCGAAUCCGUGCGCUUCUCCCUUAUCGGAUCUAGCCAUGCAGUGAAAGGCUACAAAGACAGUCCGCUCCCCUGCCUCCGCGGGGUACCGCCGGACCUGUUCGCGAUCAUGGAGGCGGAGGUGCGGUAUGGGCGGAUGCAGGCGGGGGAGGGGGAGGAGGGGGUAAGGAUGGAUGCGUUAGUGGGCUUGUUUGGGAUGGUGGAGAGGAAGUUGGAGGGGAUUAGGCGGUGGGAUGGGGGGGUGGAGGGGGAGAGGGAGGAGAGGGGGAGGUAUGCGAGGAUAUAUCGGGAGGGGCAGGUGAGGAUUUUGGAGGAGGUGAUGGGGGAGAUUGAGGCGUAUUUGGAUGCGGCGUGGGAGGGGGGGAGCUGA